GGCUGUCAGUGUGUGUGAACCGGACAGCAGGAUGGAGGGUCCGCCGGUGACCGUGGAGGGGGACUGGAGUCCCGCUCAGACCAAAACCCUGAAGAACAAACUGCAGAUUUACUUCCAGAGCAAGAAGAAGUCGAGCGGAGGAGACUGCCGGGUGGAGGCGGAGGAAGGAGCACUGAGGGCGGCUGUUCACUUCAGCUCAGAGGAGGUGAGAGCGCGAGUCCUCGCGAGGAAGAAUCAUGAGAUCAUCCUGGACAAUAAAACCAUCAAGUUACGGCUGAGUUCAGAACCAAGCUCAAUAAACAGCAACGGAGCCUCAGACUCAUCAACAGACUCAAAGAAGCCACAAUCUGAACCUGAAAAUGAAGCUUCAGCUGCCAACAAAGAGGACUCAGAGUCGUCAAAGAGCUGCUCGGUGGUUUUGGAAAACGUUGCAGACGACAUGUCCACAGAUCUGCUGUCCAUGCUGGUGGAGAGCGUCUCCGGGCUGGACGAGAACAGCUACAGCAUGGAGAUCAUCUGGGAAUCCAACAGCGUCGUGGUCACCUUCAGCAGCCCUGCAGAUGUGGAGAAAUUCGUCUCUUUCAGUCAGACCAGCACAAAGAUGAAGAAACAUGGACUGACCGCUCGGCCUCUGGAGGUAGCAACGAAUAUCCGAGUGGAGAGUCUUCCUGCAACUGUGGUUAAAGACAUGCUGGAGAUGUAUUUUGAGAAGACCUGGACUCUGCCUGACAAUAUCAUCAUGAUCCCAACUGAACAGGCUGCCAUCAUCACUUUCAGUGACCCUAAAGUUGUGGAAACGAUUUGUGUGAAAGUAGACCAUGACAUGAAGUCUAUCACUAUAAAGGUAUAUCCAUUCUAUAAAUCUCUGGGAACCGCCUUAUACGGCAAAGAACGACCAACAUGGAAGAUGCCCGAGCCCUUCACCGAGCGUGUUCACCAGAUUAUCUGGAAAUUCCUUGUGGAGAAGAAACUGUCAGCACACAUCAAUGAUCAGAUGCUUCCACAUUUCUGCAGAGCGGACCUGAAUGACCCUGAAGUGAAACUCAGCCCUUUGCCAGAGUUUUUGAGGCAGCAAAAUCUGACGGCCGAACAUGUAGAUAACUGGAUGUGUAAAGCCCAAGAGGCUUUCCGCCGCCUGAUGUCUCAGUACACAGCAUUUGAAUGUCAAGCAAAUCAACCAGGAUGGAAAGCUGCAGAGAAAGAUGUCAGUUUGGUUGUGAAGGAAGAUGCCGUCCUGGUGUUGGAUGCCUCCAAAGGGGUUCUGACUGUUGCUGGCCGAGCUGAUGAUAUAAAAAGAAUCAGGGCUCCUGUGGAGAACAUUCUUCUAAAAGCCAUGAGUCACAUUGAACGGCAGACAAACAGCAUCUUUGAGGAAAUGCAUUUGUCCCCUGCUCAGUUCUACAUCCUGAAACAAGAAGGGCUCCAGAAAGCCACUGUGGACAUUUCACCUGAGAUGAAACUUUCUUAUGAUGAAGGCACCCAGAAGUUAACCAUUACAGGACUCCCUGCAGAGGUUUUCAAAACUAAGGCGUGGAUCUUAGAGAAGAAUGUGAACAUGAGUAAAAAACCCCAGAAUGUCCCCCCAUGUCUUCUAGACUUUCUCAGAACAUUGGAUCCCAUGGACAUGUCCCAGGAUCUCUUCACAUCUCAAGGCAUCAGUGCAAUCUACACCAUUGACAGCAAAGGGCUUCUCCUGUUGGGGAGUUCUGACAGAGCCCUCGCUGAUGCAGAAAGUAAGAUGAAGGCUGUUUUAGCCCACCAAACUGUGGAUGUGAAAGACCAGGAAGUUCUAAAUCUUCCUAACUGGGUGGAUUUGAAGCAACAGCUGCUGGACACCUACAACCUGUCAAAGAAGAAAACUGUGGCCAUUCAGGUGCAUCCAGAGAGAAGAAAUAAAAUAGCAGUCGCUGGUUUUGUGAAUCCAGUGAAAGAGGUCAGCCGCAGUCUGAGGGAGUUCAUUGAAAACUACUCAGAAGUUCAAGAAACCCUUCGUGUUGAGUCCUGUGCUGUUGUUCAGUUCAUUGAAAGGAAGAAAACAGAGGAAUGGUCCAGUAUUGCAAAAAAUUAUGAAGUGUCAGUAAAUUUUGAUGUAGAGAGGCCGAGGAUCAGCAUUGCUGGAGCUCAUCUUCAUGUCCAGAAAGCCAAAUCCUGCUUUAUGGAACUGGUCAGCACUCUCUUCACUGACAGCUUAACUGUGGACAAGCCUGGAGCUAAAAAAUAUUUCCAGACUCAAGGAAGCAUUUUCCUGUCUUCAAUAAUGAAUGAGUUCAAAUGUGUGGUGCUCCUUCGACCAGAGAUUGAAGAUGAAGAUGAAGAAGUAGAGAAUUAUGAAGAAGAAACUACCUUUUGUUAUUGCAAAGUGCAGACCGUCAGUGGAGCUCUGAUUUCUGUCAGCAAGGUGGACAUCUGUAGCCUUACUGUGGAUGCUGUGGUCAAUGCAGCUAAUGAGGAUUUAGCCCACAUUGGCGGUCUGGCUUUGGCACUGCUAAAUGCUGCAGGACCACAACUGCAGAAAGAAAGCAAUGACUACGUCGCUAAAAAUGGACGCCUGCGCCCAGGUGAUGCCAUCAUAACAGAUGCAUAUAACCUGCCUUGCAAGCACGUCGUACAUGCAGUCGGUCCACGGUUCUCUGACUUUGACAAGAAGACCGCCGUGUCACGCCUGAAGACUGCAGUUAAAGAGAGCCUGAGACAAGCAGAGAUGGCUAACUGCUCCAGCAUUGCACUGCCAGCGAUCAGCUCGGGCAUCUUUGGUUUCCCUCUUGACCUCUGUGCUGAGACCAUAGCCCAGGCAGUUAGAGAGUACUGUGACAGCCCACAAGGUCUGAGGUCAUUAACCGAGAUUAACCUGGUGGACAACAAUGAUACAACUGUCAGAGCCAUGGCCACAGCUGUGAACAAGGAGUUCUCUGACCUCAGACCUACCAUGACCAUCCCACAGCACGCAGGCAGCAAACGCACAGGGGCUUCAGGUAGAUAUCAGAGGGGUCGAGGCAGGGGUAGAGGUCAGAGCCGGUCAGAUGGUUGGUUUAAUGAAAGAGGAGGAGGAGGAGGAGGAGGAAGAGGAGGAGGAAGCCGAGGAAGAGGAGGUGGAUCUCAUGGAAGUCAUCACAGUAACAGGGGAGACUGGAGGCCCAAAGAACAUACCAGGUUGGAGCAGACCACAGCUGAAGGACUGAAGAUCAUUCUGUGUGAGGGAAACAUUCAGGAUCAGUCUACUGACGUCAUCGUCAACACCAUCUCAGAGGACAUGAACCUGAAGCAGGGAGCUGUUUCCAAAGCCAUCCUGUCAGCAGCUGGAGACACACUGCAGGAUGCCAUUUACUCUGAAGCCAGAAGGUCCAAACUGCAAUACGGUGAUGUCGUCAUCACUGAUGGCUACAGGCUCAGAUGUCAGAAAGUCUUUCAUGCUGUUUGUCCUUUCUGGGACAAUGAAGGUGGCCAGGCAGAGGAGGAGUUAACAUCCAUCAUCAGAUCCUGUCUGGAGGAGGCUGAGAAGCAUCAGAUGGCAUCGUUGUCUCUUCCAGCCAUCGGUACAGGAAACCUGAGCUUCCCCAGAGCUUUGGUGUCCAAACUCCUGCUGAGGGAGAUCCACUCGUACAGCAGCAGGAGAAAUCCUCGCUCUCUGAGAAAGGUGGUCAUCGUGGUUCACCCCAGUGACGGCCAAACUGUGGAUUGUUUCACCAGGGAGUUCACCGGUCAGCCGGCUGAGAGGAACACCCAACACGAAGAACGCGGUUUUAAUGACCAAUCAAUUCAGCAGCCUGUCAGCCAAUCACAGCACUCCUCACGCUCCUUCGGCCCAGUUUUGUCCACCUCCCUCGGUGUGUACCAGAUGCAGAUGGGUCAACUCACCCUGGAGGUGUCAUCAGGUGACAUAACCAAGGAGGCCAGUGAUGUCAUUGUCAAUUCCUCCAAUCAGACCUUUAACCUUAAAGCAGGAGUGUCCAAAGCAAUCUUAGACGGUGCUGGAAUGACAGUCGAGCAGGAGUGUGCACAGACGGUGCGUUCCAUGCGUCAGCCUCAAGCACUGAUCCUGACAUCAGCCGGGCAGCUGCCCAGCAGAAACAUCAUCCACAUCGUCGGCCAGAACGACCCUACAAACAUUAAAGACAUGGUUUACUCAGUGCUGAAGGUCUGUGAGGAGAACAAGUUCACCUCUGUCGCCUUCCCUGCACUGGGAACAGGUCAGGGAGGGGCCAGCCCAUCAGCUGUGGCUGACGCCAUGGUCGACGCAGUGGUGGAGUUUGUGAGGAAGAAACAGCCGAGGUUCGUUCAGAGUGUCAAGAUCCUGAUCUUCCAGACGGCCAUGAUGAAGGAGUUCCACACGAGCAUGAAGAAGAGGCAGGGAGAGGGGGUGGAGGAGAAGAGUGUCUUUGACAAAUUCAAAGAAAAAUUUCAUCAAGUUGCUUCAGUUUUGGGAUUCAGGUCAGAUCAGUCCAGCGCUGUUGACCUAGUGCUGGAGAGGGAGGAGUUUGAACCCACAGUGUUUCAGCUGUGUGCUGACGACAGAAAGGCUUUGAGUCAGACCAAGCAGAGGAUUAAUGAGCUGAUUCUGGCUGAGCAGGCACAGAAAACCAUCUCUGACCCGUACAUUAACCAGCUGUCACAGGCUGACAUAGAGGAGCUGAACGCUCUGCAGAGGAAGCUGACGGUCAGCAUCCGUCUGGACAAAGGAGCAGAAGACCAGGACCCCGAGAUCCACCUGGAGGGUCUGACCAGAGAAGUCUUCACUGCAGAGUCUGCAGUUAGGGACAUCAUCCGGAAGGUGGAAAGGACGGAGAACUUGAAGAGACAGGCUUUGUUCGUGAGUGGGCUGGUAGAAUGGCAGUUUCAGGACCGUGAUGGGUCAAUGGUGACCUUUGAUAUCUUCACCAACCUCAAACUCGAGGAGGCUCUGGAGAAAAAACAAAAGGUGAAGAUCAAAAUCAACAAUGAAAUGCACACCGCUGAUCCACAGUUUAAAAAAGCAGUUUCAGCAAACAGGGGCAAGAAGAAUGUGGAGCUCUUUCGGAAAGAACUGAAAGAUGACAAUGCUCUGCCUCUGCCUUCGUUUUGGGAGGACAUGAAGGGCGACCUUGUGAAGCUGUUUGCUCUGACUCCAGGAUCUAAGGAAUACAACGACGUGAAGGGUGAACUGACAAAUGCUGGACUUCAUGUUAACAUCAUCAGUAUCGAAAGGGUCCAAAACCCAACACUGUGGCAGAACUACCAGAUCCUGAAGAAACAAAUGGAGGCGAAGAAUAAACAUACCAACAAUGAAAAGCUUCUUUAUCAUGGCACCAAGGCCACGUCCAUCGAUCUCAUCAACAACAAAGGCUUCAAUCGGAGCUACGCAGGAUCGAAUGUAGGUGCAGCAAUCGGCAAAGGUUCUUACUUCGCUGUGAACCCGAACUAUUCAGCACAGGGCUACGCCCAGCCCGAUCAUAAUCGACACAAGCGUAUGUACCAGGCCAAGGUUCUAGUUGGAGACUACACCCAAGGACAAGGUGGCAUGAUCACCCCUCCUGCCAAAUCUGGGACUGCUUCAGACCUGUAUGACAGUGUCACAGAUAACACUGCUAACCCAUCCAUGUUUGUUGUCUUCAAUGAUAUCCAGGCGUACCCAGAAUAUCUUAUCACAUUUACAUGAACUGUCAUGCUCCCACUGUGCAACACUUGUGAGUGAAAAUACUGUUUUAAAUCAUGUGUGUUCUGACUUGAAUUCGUUCAUUAAAAGCAGCUGCAAGUUCUAUCAAAUAUUUAACAUCUUUGGCUGGUUUCUCUUGCUGUCACAUUGUAUUUUAAAUCUAAUCAAAUGUAUUUUAAAGGAAUAUUAAAACUACAACAAAUUCCAAUGAUUCUCUUGUUGGUUAUUUUGCACUUAAAAGUCUGCAGCUAUGUGCUCCACAGUGUACCCCCCAAGGAAGCAAACUGCAUACUUGUUGUCUUGCUGGUAAUCACUGUCUGUGUAUGCCUAUACAGAUGCUGCAGUUCUUUUGUUUGGACCAUAAAAUAGGUUCGCAGCACAAAAAAUAAAGUUUGCACAAGGGGAGCAUGUUCUACCGCGUUUGUGCCCUUUGGCUUCUUUUUUCAGUCUGCACUGUCCGCACUCAUACAUAAAGGAUAAGCUUGCAAAGUGCAGCGGAAACGCAGGCCCAUUCUUAAGCGGGUUGCCCGGUUAUUGGAACCAGCACCAGCAUUUGCAUGGGCAUCAGUGGAAGCGUGGUAAUAGCGUGUUGGGCCAACUAAAGGAAUCUUGGAUUGUCUGCAGCUUCGAGGUAAGAUUGGUGACCAGUACACAGAUUUUCUGGAGUGGAUCGAUAUUUUCUCCUUGUCUGCACUUCUUGUUCUUGAAGUGCAGGUUUUUUUUUUGGUUUUUUUUUAUGAAGUCCCAUCUGUUUAGUGCCAUGGUUUGUUUACAUGGGACACUUAAUUGGCUUUGUUCCAAAACAAUUGCAUAUUUUGGAGCAAAACCUGCAAUUGUAUGGAAUUGUUCUGUACCCUUAAACUGCACUAGUUCUUUGGUAGUGAGAUUAAGGGGCUUGUUGGUGUCACAAUGAAUGACAUAAAUUUGACUGUACAACUACUUCCAGAAGGAUUAUACUUCCUGUCCAGGCUUUUGUUGACUUUUCACUUGUCUUUUCCCACCACAUCCCACAACUUAUGCUUCAGCACAAUGCCAUUUGAUGCUUUGACACUU